AUGUCAACCUCCACCGUUACACAUACGACUGAUGCCCGAACUACUCCUCAGUCAUCGGAUCUGUCAGAAUUGGAAAUCAAACCCGGAGAGAAGACCGUAAGCGUGGGGGAAUUUCCUCGCGUACCACAAUUUCCCGACCAAUAUGAGAAGAGAGAGUAUCUCAAAGGGCGGCUAGCUCUAAGCUUCCGCAUUUUUGGCAAAUAUGGCUUCGAUGAAGGUGUUGCAGGCCACAUUACCCUCCGAGAUCCAGUUGAUCCCAACACCUUUUGGGUCAAUCCAUUCGGAAUGCCAUUCAAGCUGAUCAAGAAAUCCGACUUGAUUCAUGUCGAUCACGAGGGAAACAUCAUAGGGGGAGGACCAAAUCGCCUUCUCAAUCUUGCGGCGUAUGCUAUCCAUGCCGAAAUACACAAAGCAAGGCCCGAGGUCAACUGUGCUGCACAUGCGCAUAGCUUCUACGGCCGCACCUUUUCGGCGUGGAGAAGAGUCAUCGAUUACACAAGCCAAGAUUCCUGUGCGUUCUGGAACGAUCUAGUCGUUUAUGACUCUUUCAAAGGGGUAGUUUUGGCGAGCGAAGAGGGCAGAGAUAUUGCCAAUGCUCUGGGUUCGAAGAAAGCCUGCAUUCUUCAGAAUCAUGGUCUGUUGACCGUUGGAACUACCGUGGAGGCAGCGACAUUCUGGUUCAUUUCUCUUGAUAAAUUAUGUCACACGCAACUGCUCAACGACGCUGCUUGCGCCCGCGGGGGAGCCGUGAAAAGCAUCGCUGCCCAAGACGCCGAGAACACCUAUAAGAACGUUGGAAGCUCCAGGGCCGGUUGGUUCAAUGGAUUGCCAUUAUUUCAGCUCAUGGCCCUAGAGUGUAGCGAUGAAUAUUUGAAAUAG